GCAUGCGUCUCUAUUGCAGUCAUGCGGCAUGUGAUCAUGUGACUGCGUUGCCUUACAAAUAUGCACGUAAACGUCCGGGUGAUUCACGGGGAAGCCACAACGUCACCGAGGAGAAAAGGAAACUUUGAAGCCGGUCAGCAGCAGCGAGGAGCCUCUGCAUGAUGCAGCGAGAGGCUUCGGAGGAGGAGGGCUGCUACUCUUCAACCACCAUCCUCAUCCUCUGACACCCAGUGAGGGAUGGGGGGGGGGGGUCCUCUGUCAUCAGCACCCUCAGCCAGUGGAGACACUUCGAGCGUCUCCUCGUCCACCUCCUCGGCGUCACUACAGACUCUUUGUCAGAAGGGAAAUACUGAGGAGCUCGACAGACGGAACGGACGGAUGGGAAGGGAAACAAAAGCUGGAGGAUACGACGAGUGAAAAGACAAACACGGUUACCAUCGUUGCAGCGUCGGGUUCAGCCGAUGAUCGGUACCGGCACUCCGACCGUCAUGGACCAAACCGAACCGGCGCGCUGCACCGUGUGCUGCUGCACUCUGGCCAACAGAGUCCUCAUGGUGGUCUUCAUGGCGCUGCUGAUCCUCGCCAUCUUGUUCGGCAACCUGGUGACUCUGGCGGUGGUUCUCGGGACCAAACACUUCCACACGCCGCAGGGGUACCUGAAGGCGUCCCUCGCCGUCGCCGACCUGGCGGUGGGGAUGUUCGUGGUGCCGCUCUCCGUCUACGCCGAGGUCCACCUCAUGGCGACCGACUCGGCGCCGGAGUGGACCUUGCAUAACUCGCAGUCGGCGAGUUUCCACCCGUGCAACGUCAUCGGCCCCGUCUUCGCCGGCUGCACCCUGGUCUCCAUCACCACCAUUUUCCUGCUGACCAUCGAGAGGAGCAUCGCCGUGUUGAGGCCGCUGCACAAGGGCUCCGUGAUCACGCGGAAAAGGACUACGAUCCUCAUCGUCCUCUCCUGGGUGGGGAGCUUCUUCUUGGCGGUGUCUCCCAUGGUCUUCAGCGGCGAAAUCGUCCUGGAGUACAACUCCUGCAGCCGGAUGUGCAACUACGCGCUGGGCACCAUCGGAGAGUUCCCGAGCCCGGCCUGGAACAUCCUGCUGCUCUUCCCGGUGUUUGACUUCACCCUCCUCGGUGGGACGGUGGUCAUCAACGUGGUCUCAAUGUCCAGCAUCAGGCAGCACUCCAGGCGGAGGAAGCAGCUGGCCGAGAGGGACCACCAAAGCACCACCAAACCCACCUUCUCUGACAUCAAAGCGGCCAAAACCAUCGGGACGCUGACCGUGGCGUUCACCGCGUCUUUCGCCCCCAUCGCCGUCUUCGUGGUCGGAAACGUUUUGGGGAAUAAAUGGUGCAACUUUUCCUUCUUUGCCUUCUGGAUUUUAGCCACCAACAGUUGCUGGAAUGUCAUCAUUUACAGCGUGAGGGAUCAGAAGUUCAGACUUUGCGCCCACAAGCUCCUCGUGCCUUUCCGGAGAGACGAUGCAACAGUGAGCUGAAAUCGGACGACUCGGGUCGAGCGUCGUUCAGCUGCUCACCUGUCACUCAAAGUCGUUGCUCCACACACACGUGUUGUGUUGUCGGGUUCAGGGGCGAGUCUGCAUGUUUUGUGGAUUGCUGUUGUGAACAUACCUUGAUAAAAAGCAUGUUUUUAGACCAAAUCUGUAUCCUUAUGGACUGUAUCACUACAUGACAUCAUUCACCCUUCUGUCUUGCCCAAGGACACACGGACAGGCGGGUUAACUGACUUCUUUAAGCCAUCAGACAACACAUGAGAGUAAAUACACGUGACAUACUUAUUGGAAUACAUUCUUAUACUUAAUUCUUAUAUUAACGUUAUUCAUGGAAGCAUGUACAUUUCAUAGCGCACUUUCUUUGGAGUGAAAAGACCAAACAGAUUACUUUACAAACAUGGUGGCGGACUAGAAAAGAAUAACUGUGUAUGUAGAUACAAGGAAACAAAACAAAAUCCAGGUUUCCUGAAAAGGAAACUUGUUGAUAAUUUACUCAAUGUCUUUGGAUAGAUCCCCUAAAUACACUGUACCUUGAACACAACUUUUUGUUGAAUUUGUUUAGCACAUUGUUAAGUUUGGCUGAGCGACGGAUAAUAAAUGUACACUUUGUGUUUUCAACAUUAAACUGAAAGUUUGAAUUUCA